AUGCAAUUUAAUAACCUACUCGGAAAUACCACUACUCCUAAUAUAACUACCAUUAAUUCUGGUGAUGGUAUUAGUAGUACUAUUGGUAGUAGUACCAAUGACAUUCUCUCAACAUCACAAUUAUUGAACAAUUUAAUUAGUCAUAAUAGUCAGGGGUCAUCAUCUACGAACACCUUCAACCUGAUUACCCUCAAACCAAUGGAAUUUCCUCUUCCGAAUAUAAUGUCUGAAUCUUUUGAGUCAUCAUUUGUGUUUGAUAAUUCUCAUAGGCCUAAACCCACAAGUCCAAUUAUGUUCACGAUACCAUAUCAACGCCACUCAUUGAUACUUCCUGAUGAGUUGGUUAUUGGAUAUUCAGAAACAACAAAGGAAAUGGCUGAUUUAUUGACUAGCUCAGAAACAGAUGUAUGUGUUGGAGAAUUUUCAUGUGGAGGCGAAGUUGAGAAUAUUCCAGGACUUCCUGGAUUACAAAUUUGUGUACCAUCCAAUGAAAGUGGAGCAACUGUUGAAUUGAAACAUUGCUCUCUCCCUAUUACUAAUUUAAAUCAAGCUCAAGACAUCAUUUCAGUGGCAUCAAAGGCACCUUAUGGGAAGGGAGAGCUGACACUUAUUGAUGAAACUGUGAGAAAAAGUUGGCAACUUGAGCCAUCCCAAUUCAUUAUUUCUAAUCCUAAAUGGAAUGGUUUUGUGGGAAAUAUUGUUGAAAAUGAGUUACGAAAUGGACUUGGUAUUCCAAAACACAAACGAAUUACUCAUAGUCUUUACAAACUGCUUCUCUAUGAAACUGAUGGACACUUUGAUUAUCACAGAGAUACAGAGAAGGAGAGUGGUAUGUUUGCAACUUUGGUAAUUCAUCUUCCUUCAGUGUAUUCUGGUGGAGAGCUAAUUGUAAAACAUUCUGGGAAUGAAAAAAUCUAUGAUUUUUCAAAGAAUUCAAGUUAUAAGGUUUCAUACACUGGAUUUUUCUGUGAUUGUGAACAUAAGGUGAAUAGAGUUUCGAGUGGAUACAGAUUAUGUCUAAUUUAUAAUGUUUGUUAUAAUGGGGCUUUGGAUUCCAUCCCCUCAUUUAAUAUGAGGAGUAAAUUGGAGAAAUCAUUCAUAAACCUAUCUGAAAGAUGGGAAAAAACCGAACCUCCCUUCAUUGUUUGGUUACUAGAACACAAAUAUACUAUGGAAGGUUUAUCAGCUUCGAAUCUGAAAGGGAAAGAUCAAAUGCUGUACACAUUCUUAUCUGAACUCAAUCAAGAACAUUUAUUAUUCCAUUUAUUUAUUGGAAUAUUUGAAAAAGAAGUUAGUGGACAAUUGGAUGGAGAUCACUAUGAUUAUUAUGGAGAUGGUGAUGAUUGUGGUUCUGAUUCUGAGACAGAAAUAGAGGUCAGAAGUGAUCUAAUAUGUGAACCAACUGUUCGAUAUAACUUGAAAAAUGUGAAAACAACUAGUGGGUCUUCAUUUUCCAGUUUGCCAUCAAAUAUGAUGCUUUCUAAUAUAAUUCCAUACGAAAGACUCGAGGAUCAACACUUUGCAAAUUCUCGAAUUGAGCACACAGGUAAUGAGGGAACCAAUUUAGAUAAGUGGUAUAGAAACGGAUGCAUAGUUAUUGUUUCUAGGAGGUUUGCUACAUCCCUCUUCAACAAUUACGCUCACACCCAGGAUGUGGAUUACAUUUGCCAACAAUUAUUUAUGGAAGCAACAAGUCUGAAACCUAAUGCACUCACUCAACUUUUGCAAUUUAUACCUAAAUGUGCAAAUAAGCUUUCAGAAGAUUUAAUGGUUAGGAAUAUAAUUCAACUUCGAAAUUAUGAGGUUUUGAAAUGUUAUCUUGAUGCUCAUCCAAGUUUAUCUGAUUUUGGUUGGAGUGCCAUUGUUGGAAUCUUCCCAAUGAACCAAUUGAAGGAUCAAUUUAUUGAAAAGUUCGUCCAAAAAGCGUUCCAGUCUACAAUACAGGACAGAAUAGACCACGUUCAGUUUGUUAUCAAUGAAUUCUCCAAGGAUGUUAAUGGAAAUGUUUUUAUCAAAGAGUUCUUUGAUAAGAUUUUUGAAAGAUUGGCCACUCAACACCUCCCUAAUACUUAUCUUCACACCAUUUUGAGAUACAUGAUUGAAAGACAAAUGCCAUUCACAGAAAAUGCCAUUUCAGCAAUUUUGAAAAGGGCAGAUGCGACAGUUUUUCAAUUAUUACUUCCUUAUUGUUCACUGCACAAUACUCUACAUUUGGAAGAUGUUUUACUAUCAUUAUUGGAUAAUAUUUCGUGUUUUACUAAUUGUUAUGGAAUAUUCUUUGAGAACUCCUCAAAAGUGAAUAAGCAAUUAUUACAAGAAAAGAUGCAAGUGUGCCUUCCUGAGCUCACCAACAAGUUUUAUGAGCAAGCUAUGGUCAUUGCAACCUAUUGUGAAAACAAUUUCACAAAUGAGGAAUGCAAAUAUGCAUAUGAUAUUUUGAGAAAUUCAAUUUGGAUGGAAUUUACCUCUCAACCACAGCUAACAUCAAAUAUGUGCAUUUCAUUUAUAUACAUGUUUUGUAGAGAGUGUAUUCCUGAUAAUUUUAACAUAAUAGUCUCAAGUAUAUUGAAUAGAUGCGACACAUUUGAUAGAGUGGAAUCUGUGCUCAUUCCACUACUUAAAUGGUUGGAAACUAGUAAUUUUAGAGCUUCUCUAUUGAAUGGGUCUUCUUUAUCAUUACUCAUAACUGGUGCAUUAGGAAUAGUAUCGACUCACAUUCAAAAUAUCCAACAGUUGCCAUGGAGUUGGAAAAUAGAACCUUUAAAAUCAAAUUGUAGGAAUUCUGGAAUGUUUGUCGGUUCUAGUCCGUGUAGCACCUGUGAGUCUGUGAGAACCUACUUGUUAGAUCCCAAUAGAGUAACUUUUGAAAUGAGAAACACACAAGGUCAGAGAGAUCAUGUUAUUUCGAAUAUUGAAAAGCUCUGUAACCCUUCUUUCCUUGAUAUUAGAAAGGAAUAUAGAAAAAUAACCAUCACCAAGAUUAGCUCUCCUCAAAAUGAACUAAAGAAGAAUUUAUCUCACGUUCAAAAGGUAUUGAAAUAUCUUAACUCACUUCAGCAACAAAUAACUUUACAACAAGCCUCACUUUCAACCUAUCAACCUCCUCAAUUGGUAUUAACAAAUGAUUAUACUGAAAAUUAUUCUCGUGUCAACAACUAUCUGGAUAAUUUAUUAAGGGGAUGCAAUCAAAUCACACAGGAAACAAGAAAACAGAUAUUUACAUUUUUCAUGGGAGAAAAUCGAAACUGCCAGGAACAAUAUGUAAUUCACUCAGAAGAGCUCAAUGAUGAAAUUGUAACAAUAUACUUUUGCAUGGAUCAUGUUUCAAGAAAAUGGCAAAAGAUUACAAAACGUUCUUCCAGUACUUGUCAGCAAACACUUGAACAACAGCCAGCUCAAAAGAAACUCAAACAGUAA